GGGGAUCCGGGGGAGGCGGAAAGUUGCCGGUGCGCGGCUGAAGUUGGGAAGUUGCGCGGAGCCGCGCGGGGCUGAGCGGGGGGGAAAAGGAAAAAGGGAAAAAAAAGAAAAAAGAGGAAAAAAAAAAUAAAAGGAAAAUGGGGUUGGAAGAAAGAAGGGGUGGGAUUAAAAGCGGCCAGGCAGCACCCCGCUUUUGGGGGGGUGGGGAGACAGCGGGGCCGCCCCCCACCCCUCCCGCGGUGGAAAUUAAAACUCGGGGUGACCCGCGGCUCCGUCCCGCACGAGCCGCCGCUGUCCCCGGGCCGGGGGGACGCGGUGACCCCGCCAUGGCCCUGUCGCCGCGCUGGGGGCUCCGCCAGCCCCGGCCGGCCGCCCCCCCGGCGGGGGGGAGCCCCGCAAUCUGACGGUGCCCCCCGGGAUGGCGAUGAUGGAGAGGCUCCGCAGGGAGACAGGUUCGGCGGGCGACACGUUUGAUGGACCCAGCAGAAGCCAAAUGGAAGAAGGGCCAAUUAAUUAUGUGGAAGAAAGGCGGCUGAAGGAGGGCAGCGGGCUCAGCCUGGUGAAUGGGGGCCGGCCGGAGGCGGGGGGUACCGUGCUGAUGGAGCCCAGCGGGUGGUCGACGGGCCAGCCGCCCGCCACUGGCAAAGCCCACUUGGAAGACGUCCGGAACCUGGUGGCCUUCUCAGCGGUGGCCGAAGCCGUUUCCUCCUACCGGCUCCCGCCGCCGGCGUCGCCGUCGCUGCUGUACGAGAAGUUCGACUCGGAGAUGAGCCGAGGCGGGCUGGGCACGGCGGACGGGGUGCCACGAGGAGAGGAUCUGCACGCCCUCAAGGCCGCCCUGGCUUUGGCCAAGCACGGUGUGAAGCCCCCCAACUGCAACUGCGAUGGCCCCGAGUGCCCCGACUACCUGGAAUGGCUGGAGCAGAAGAUCAAGACGGCUCUCGGAGAAGAGCCGGCGUCGCCGCGGCCCCGCGCCGCCGCCAUCCCCCCGCCUCCUCCCCCAGAAGGUGCUAUCGACCCCCAGCCGGUGCCUGAGGCUGCCGAGCCGUGCCCGCCCGACGGCCUCCCCUUUUCCCAGAGCGCGCUGACCAUCGCCAAGGAGAAGAACAUCAGCCUGCAGACCGCCAUAGCCAUCGAAGCCCUCACGCAGCUCUCGGCCGCCCUGCCCCAGCCCGCGGGCGAUGGGCAGCCCCCGCCGCCGCCGCCCCCCGCCGUCCCCUUCGGCCCCGGCCCCCUCGGCCCGCCGGGGGCCACGUGGCAGCGAGGGGACGAGCCCCGUUACCCACCGGAGCCGGGAGCGGCGUCUGAGCCAUUUUUCGGAGCGGCACCUCCGCGGGGAAGCUUCGCGGCCACGUGGGGGCUGGAGGCCGAGGGGGCGGCGGGGGCUGGAGACCCCAUGGCAGAGCUGGAGCAGCUGCUGGGUAAUGCUGACGACUACAUCAAGGCGGCUUUCAAGAAACCCGAAGCGACGGCCGGCAAAGCGACGGCCCCCAAAACAGAACCCCCCGAGCGAGCAGCCAGCAAAGAAGCACCGGGCGGUCCCCGCUUGCCGCCGGCACCGCCGGAGCCCGACCUGCACAAGAAGACGCAGCUGGUCCUGCAGCAGCAUCUCCACCACAAGCGCAGCCUCUUCCUUGAGCAAAACCUGGCGGCGGCGGUGGCGCCCCCGGACCAGCCGAGCGGCUGGUGGGCUCCCGGCGCCCCCGCCGCGCCCCCCAAGCCCUUUGAAAAGCAGCCCAAAGAGAAAAAGAAGAAAACGCCGCCUGAAAAGCCCCCGCCGGCCAAACCUCUCCGCAAGCAAGUGCAGAUCAAGAAGGCGAAGCAGAAGGACUCGCAGCCGCUCUUCCCUCCCCUCUGGCAGAUCAGCCUGGAGGGGUUUCGGGCGCCCGCCGAACCCCCCGCCGAACCCCCCGCCGAAGAGAUGCAAAUGGAGCCGCCGCCGCCGGCCUUCCCGCACCAGCCUCUUGCACUACCCCUGCCCGCCGCAUGCCCCCCGCCACCAAACCCCCUGGACGGCAUCCCCCCGGCUCCCGACUCUCAGGAAAGGGGUGCCCCCGGGGGGGGCCCCCAAAUUCACUCGGCGCCGGCGGGCUCGACCGGCUCGGAGGAAGCUGCCCCCGCUGCGGCCAGCUCGGCUCCCAUCAUGGUGGACGACAAGUUGGAAGAGCUCAUCCGACAAUUUGAAGCCGAAUUUGGGGAGAAUUUCAACCUGCCGCCCCCCGAGACGCCUGCCCCGCUCGCCCCCGGGGCUGCUGAGCUGUCGGGGGGGACAGCACCAGCCCCACAAGGGUCCCCCACUGCGGCCACAACCACGGCCACCGCCGCAGGCACCGCCGCCGCCCCGGCUCCCAGCAACGUUCCCCAAGCCAGACCCAAAAGCGUCUCUCCAGGGAAGGGGCUGCUGUCAGAGCCACCCUUCACUGCCCGCUCCCCCAAACAGAUCAAAAUCGAGUCUUCUGGUGCUAUCACCGUGGUGUCCACCACGUGUUUUUACUCUGAGGAAAGCCAAAACCCAGACGUGGACAACGUCGACAGAACACCCACCAAGGACGAGGUGCCGCUGACGCCGACUCUGAGCGGCUUCUUGGAGUCUCCGCUGAAAUACCUGGACACGCCGACCAAAAGCCUCCUGGACACCCCUGCCAAGAGGGCGCAGGCUGAAUUCCCCACCUGUGACUGUGUUGAGCAAAUCGUGGAGAAGGAUGAGGGGCCCUAUUACACCCACCUGGGCUCGGGGCCCACCGUGGCCUCCAUCCGGGAGCUCAUGGAGGAGAGGUAUGGUGAGAAAGGCAAGGCCAUCCGCAUUGAGAAGGUCAUCUACACGGGCAAGGAGGGCAAGAGCUCCCGGGGCUGCCCCAUCGCCAAGUGGGUGAUCCGCAGACACAACCAGGAGGAGAAGCUGCUGUGCCUGGUGAGGCACCGUGCCGGCCACCACUGCCAGAACGCCGUCAUCAUCAUCCUCAUCCUGGCCUGGGAGGGCAUCCCCCGCACGCUGGGGGACACGCUCUACCAGGAGCUCACCGACACCCUCACCAAGUACGGCAACCCCACCAGCCGCCGCUGCGGCCUCAACGACGACCGGACCUGCGCGUGCCAAGGCAAGGACCCCAACACCUGCGGUGCUUCCUUCUCCUUCGGCUGCUCCUGGAGCAUGUACUUCAAUGGCUGCAAAUACGCCCGCAGCAAAACUCCCCGCAAGUUCAGGCUGGUGGGAGACAACCCCAAAGAGGAAGAGCUGCUCCGGAGAAGCUUCCAGGACUUGGCCACCGAGGUUGCUCCGCUUUACAAGAGGCUGGCGCCGCAAGCCUACCAAAACCAGGUCACCAACGAGGAUGUAGCCAUCGACUGCCGGCUGGGCUUGAAGGAGGGGAGGCCGUUCUCAGGGGUGACGGCGUGCAUGGACUUCUGUGCUCACGCUCACAAGGACCAGCACAACCUCUACAACGGCUGCACCGUGGUCUGCACGCUGACGAAGGAAGACAAUCGUGUGGUGGGGAAAAUUCCCGAAGAUGAGCAGCUUCAUGUCCUCCCCCUCUACAAGAUGUCCAGCACGGAUGAGUUCGGCAGCGAGGAGAACCAAAACGCCAAGGUGGGCAGCGGGGCCAUCCAGGUGCUCACGUCCUUCCCCCGCGAGGUCCGCAAGCUGCCUGAGCCCGCCAAGUCCUGCCGGCAGCGGCAGCUGGAAGCCAGGAGAGCUGCUGCCGAGAGGAAGAAGCUGCAGAAAGAGAAGCUGAUGACGCCAGAGAAAAUCAAGCAGGAAGCGCUCGAGCUCCCCACGCUCCAGCCAAAUGCAGGUAUGGCGUUGAAAGGCGGGAUACCCCCGCAGCCGCUGAAACCUUCCAUCAAGGUGGAACCCCAGAGCCAUUACAACGCCUUCAAGUACAACGGCAACGCCGUGGUGGAGAGCUACUCGGUGCUGGGCAGCUGCCGGCCCUCCGACCCGUACAGCAUGAACAGUGUUUACUCUUACCAUUCCUACUAUGCACAGCCCAAUCUGCCUUCCGUGAACGGGUUUCACUCCAAGUUCGCGCUUCCCUCCUUCGGGUAUUACGGCUUUUCCAGCAACCACGUGUUCCCCUCGCAGUUUCUCAAUUACGGGGCGCCCGAGAGGAGCGGGAGCAGCUGGGUCAGCAACGGCUACGAGAAGAAGCCCGACGUCUCGGCGCUGCAGGAGAACCUCAACCACACCUACGGGAACAGCAAUUUCCCCAAGCCCAUCCCGCACGCCGUGCGGAGCAAAAACCAUCACCAGCGCACCUACGAGCGAGCCAACCGCUACGCCAGCCAGCAGAAAGCGGCGGCGGCGGCGACGGCCGGGGCGCACAGGACUAGCUCGGGCUCGGAGGAGGCACCGGCGUUUGCACAGAACUGUUUCGGCAGCCGGCCCAUCAAGCAGGAGCCUCCAGACCCCCCGCCCGCCAUCGAGCCCCUUCCCAGCGUUGCGGCCGUGCCCGGCGCUGGCUUAACGCUGCCGGCCGUCCCUGCGCACGGCACGGCGCCGGAGCAGCGGUGGAGCCCCUACAAGGCACCCCGGGGCACGGCUUCCCCCGAGAGGACUAGCACGGCCGAGGGCUCGUGGAGCACGCUGGCGCCGGGCUCGGGCGGGCGGGAGAAGCUGAGCGCCUUCGACGCCGCCGUGCGCUUGCCGCCACCGGAGAAGCAGUGGUCCGACGCCCUGGCCGGAGAGCCGGCGGCGGCAGCGGCGCAUGGCUCGGGCUUGCUGCCGAAACCGUGGAGCCCCUGCAAGCUGGGGGAGACGGCGCUGGCCGGCACGGGUGCCCCGAGCGUGCUGGGGUCACUGGGGUUCAGCUCGGCUCUGCCAGGGCUCCCCAGCUUCCCCGAAGAGCCGUGGGGCUCCGUGAAGGUGGAGGAGCGGAGGACACCAGCACCCAGCCCGGGGCUGGCGGAGAAGCCGUGGGAGGCAGCAGUGGGGGAGAAGGGGGUGGCAGGGCCCCGCCAGGAGAAGCCGUGGGACCCCUUUGGCCUGGAGGAGGAUCUGCCGGAGAAGGCGGUGAAGGAGGAAGAGGAAGAGGAGGAGGAAGAGGAGGAGGAAGAAGAAGAGGAGUGGUCGGACAGCGAGCACAACUUCCUGGACGAGAACAUCGGCGGGGUGGCCGUGGCUCCCGCCCACGGCUCCAUCCUCAUCGAGUGCGCCCGCCGCGAGCUCCACGCCACCACCCCGCUGAAGAAACCCAACCGCUGCCACCCCACCCGCAUCUCCCUCGUCUUCUACCAACACAAGAACUUGAACCAGCCCAACCACGGCCUGGCGCUGUGGGAGGCCAAGGUGAAGCAGCUGGCGGAGCGGGCUCGGGCCCGGCAGGAGGAGGCGGCGCGUCUGGGGCUGCCGCCGGACGCCAAAGCCUUUGCCAAGAAGCGCAAGUGGGGCGGCGCGUUGGCGACCGAGGCGCCCAGCAAGGAGAGGAGGGACUCAGUCCCCACGCGGCAGGCGGUGGCCAUCCCCACCAACUCCGCCAUCACUGUGUCCUCCUACGCCUACACCAAGGUGACGGGCCCCUACAGCCGCUGGAUCUGAGACCGAGGCGACCGCCAUGGCCCCAUCUUACCUCAACCCUCGGCAGCGCCGCAGCCCGGCGUUGCUUCGUGGUGCUUUCUCCUCGGGCGUGGGGGAGAAGAAAACAAAAGUAAAUAGACGAAACCGAAGCGAAACACAACAACCACAAAGAAAAAAAAUGUAACCCAUAGGAAACGAACCCAACGCGCGCGCUUGGGAGCAGCGGAGCCGGCGCGGGCUCACGCCGUCGGAGAGCUGCGCCCGGCGAGGAGUUGGCAAAGCAAGCAAAACUUGGUUAAAAAACCCAAGAGGAACGAUGCUGUUUGAUGAUUUUAGGUAAUCUCGUAUUUAUAUCUCCAUGUUUUUUAAUCUAGCCUCGGAUGAAUUUCCUAGCGUCCUUUCGCAAGGAGAGGUUUUUAAUUCCACUUCAAAUGGCCUGUUUGUUGGAUUUGAUUUUAUUUUAUUUUUUACUCCGAUGAUAACGACGAAGCCGAUCUUCAAAAGAGAAGCCAACAUUGAAAAACCACCCUAAUCAUGAAUCCAAACCAACCUGAACACCAAACCAGCUCAAAGGCAAGAGGUGAUUCCCUCCAGCUCUGCCGCGUGGGGGCUGGUGGGACCGUGUGCUUUACUGUCAGCCGGACACGCUGAACACCCAAUUAUUUUUAUUCCAAGGACCUAAAAAUACCAAUUUUGCAGCUCGAGGAGACCUUUCUCACAGCAACGUGAGCCCGCGAGCGAGCGGGCCGUCCCGGGACGGCACAUCUCCGCCCGGCUCCUCGCCUCCGGCGGGAUCGGCUCUGCCGCCGCGGAGCAAAGCCGGCGUCUCUCCUGGCGCCGGAGACCUCAGGACACGUCCGGGCUGGGGAACGCCGCUGUCGGGGGGCUGCCCUUGGGCUUGGACUUGGGGCUCCUUCGCCCACGGCCUCCGGGGCGAGCGGCAGCGGCGUCGUCUCCAUAGGAGCCGACGGGACAAAAACAGAAGAAAAAAAAAAGAAAAAAAAUAUAUACAAAAAACAGGAAAAAAACACAAACCAACCCCAAACUGUGAAUAGCGAGUGUUGCUCUCUGUACAUCACUGUUGCUAAAGUCUGGUGCUUUCCGUCUCCGGGGGACUUUCUCCAUGCAAUCGGCUCCGGGAAGAGCGAAUCCCAAGGCUUGGCUGGCCAAAACCCCGCCAGGUCCGCCUUCCCCGCCGGUGCCGGCGAGCCGCGGCCAGCGCUGCCGGGGCUCGGUGCUCUUUUCUCUCCCCGGGUGCCAUCCCUCCUUCCUACGGAUCACCGUUCUUCCCUCAAAACAAACAAACAAAAAAAAACAAAACAAAAACCCCAACCCGACCAAUAACCCAGCAACGACGACAACCGCGUGGUGCUUUUCGAACACUCUCAGUCGAGACUUCCCGCCCGGCGCCGGGACGGACGGCACACGGCCGAGCUGCCCCGCGGCUCGCCGGGAGCGCGGCGUGGCCGGAGCCGGGGGCCGGCGUCCCCGGGCGGGGUCGUUGCUUUUGCACUUUGAGGUGCCUUUUGGAGAGCCAGCGAGGCAGCGCCGACGCCGUCGCCGUGCGGAAUCACCUCGUGUUUACCGUCACCCUCCUUCCCCACCUCGCGCACGGGCACGGAUUCAGCAGGAUCUCGGUAAAACAGCCUGAACAUUGGCGUGGUCUGAUUUUAAAACCUGUAAAUAGGGAAAGAAAUUUUUUUAAAAGCACUUUCACCUAGAUUUAAAAAAAAAAAAAAGAAAAAAAAAGAAGCGAAACUUAAAAAAGCAAACAACUCCCCUCUUUCCUCUCCCCCCACUCCCCCCCAACUUGAAGCAGUAUGUUUUAAACAAGAUUAUCGUGGGAGAACUGUAAAUACUGGCAGAAUAUUUAACAUGCUUUGUCCGUCCUUCAUCAUUAAUUAAUUUUUUUUUGGUUUUUUGUUUUUGUUUUUUGUUGGUUUUUUUAACCGUAAUCUGUAAAGUCGCGUAUAUUUGACAAGGAAACUCAACGAGCUAUUCCCGCUUUUCUUAGAAAUACCCAAUAGCAUAUCAGGAUUGUAAGAGUCAGAUUCUGGGGACGCCGGCGGGCGCCGUGGGGGACCCGCCGCGUCGCCGUGGUUCGGAACGCGGAGCGGGGACGAUCCGGGGCCGGGUUCGGGUGCCGGCCCCGUUGUUGUCGCCCGGGGUCUCUGGCUGGCGUGACGGGGGUGCCUUGGAGGAGAAGGAGCGUCGGGAGAAGGCGAUGGUCCGUGUAACCUGUCUAAGUCCUGCUUCCUCAGAGGUUUUUCGGUGCAGGGAGGGGUCGGUCCGGCGCGGCGGGUUCAGCCCGGGAGAGCGGGGAGCUGCCGGCGCCGCGGGUCGGGGAGCGAGAACUGCUGCAGUCUCAACGUUUUUACACUACAUCAACUUCGUCUAACCUACCUCAACUCUCAGUCAUUACGAAUUCGCACGCUUCAGACUUCUACACAAACUCGAAAUCUAUGCACAGCUCUUUACCCCUUGCUGCUGAGAGGCUGUUUCCAAGCAAAAUCUUUUCCCUUUACCCGUCCCGGCAGCCGCGCUCGUCCCGCCCGUGCCGAAGCCGCGGGGGUCGCGGAGCUCGGGGUGGGGAGGGACGUUUUUAACGAGUGGGAUGUGGGGACCUGGUUUUGCAGCAGGUCGUGGCCACAAUGGUGCUAGAACAACAGCCGUGGUGGAAACCCCAGGGAGGGCUCGGCACGGGGAGCCCCGACCGGCUCCUCCGUCCCGCUUUGGUUUUUCUGGCCGCGGUGCUUCGCCUCGGGCAGGAAAGGGGGGAUGCAGUUUGGGUCCCCCUCUAUCUCGAUGCUCUCGGGAUGAGGCACGGGAAGGAGAAGGAAACCAGAAUCCCUGAGGUGCCUCAAUUGCUGAUUUUUCCUUUUAAUACUGGAGUACGCUUUGUGGGCUCUAUAAGGCAUAUUUUUAUUAAAUGAAAUCUUGUAAUACAAACGGUGCUAUGGUGUUUUAACAAACUGUAUCACGCUUCUGCCUGAUUCCAUCUCGCUGAGGUGCUACUAAUGUAUAUAUCAAAUUAAGGAACCAAGAGAAGAAAAAAAAAAAAA